AUGGUUGAUAUGAUGUCGCUGCCAGCAUUCCAGGUAUCAAGUACCUUCUUAAGAUGUAUGAUGUUCUAAGUAGUGGGAGUUUUUUGCAGUUCUGCUGGUGUUAUUGCAGGAAGCUGCAAUUUGUUGAUGUAUCAUAAAAUUCUUGGACAUGGUACCAAGUGCCCCGAUGACAAUGGGUAUCACUGUUACAUGUUUCAUCCAUAGCCGUGUAAUUCUGAUGGCCAGGUCGUGAUAUUUCAUGAUUUUUUCCAGUUCUUUUUCUUCGACUCUGGCAUCUCCUGGUACCUCGAUAUCAAUAAAUUGUACAUUUCGGUUUUCCACAAUUGUGAUAUCUGGUGUGUUGUGUUCCAAGUGACAACCCAUCUGUAUUCCAAAGUCCCACAAGAUCUUCACCUUCUCAUUUUCUAUAAGUUUUUCCACUUCAUGUUCCCAUGACUUUUAGGAUACAGCCAAAUCAUAUUUUUUACAUAAUGACCAGUGGAUUAAUUUAGCAACUCAGUCGUGUCUAGCUUUGUAAUCAGUUUGUGCGAUUUUGCCACAUUCACAUAUUAAAUGUGAAACAGUUUCGACUUUGUUGUUGCAAAGUCGGCAGUUUGCAUUGUCGCUGGAUUUUUGUAUCUUUGCUUUCAUGGCAUUAGUUUGUAGUGCUUGUUCUUGAGCAGCAAGUAUUAAGCCUUCCAUUUCUUUCUUGAUGGUUCCCGUCUUAAGCCAUGCCCAUGUAAAGUUUUAUUAUUGCAAGUCGCCAAGCAGAACUUUUCAUUCACUUUCUAAGUGACGGCUCUUCUCGCAUCAGGCCCACGCCCAUCCCGUUGAAUCACGGUUAAAUCCACCCCAUUUUCAGGAUUCACAGGUACUAUCGAUGAGUCGCGAAGGGGGCGAUCGCUGCAUCGGACUACUCCUCGGAUGGAGGCAGGACCGCUAAGCCCCCAUCUCUUCUCUCGCUCCCUCUUGCUACGAGGGCCCCGCUCUCUCUCUCUCGCCCUCUCUCCUCCCUCUGGGGCGGGGAAGCGGGCAGCAAGGGGCGGCGCCAGGAGGCACCCUUAGCCCUGAGGUAUAAGCCCCGUGGUAGUGGCUCGUUCUUUCUUUCGCCCACCCCUCUUUCGACCGCCUCCGUCUUCCCUCGCUAUGUUACUUCGGCUCCGUGUCAGCCUCUCCCUCCUCCUCCUCCUCCUCCUCCUGAGCUGUGGGACGAGAGGCCAAGAGCAAGAGAGCAAAAGCGAAACUCCGCUCCCGUCGCUGCAGGUGGAAACCCUGGUGGCGUCCCCUGAGGGCUGCACGGAGCGCUCGGCGACGGGCGACACUCUGGCCAUCCACUACACAGGUAUUCUUGAAGAUGGCCGCAUUAUUGAUACCUCACUCUCCCGUGAUCCAUUGCAAGUGGAAUUGGGCAAAAGACAAGUCAUCCCAGGUCUAGAACAGGGUCUGCUGAAUAUGUGUGUUGGGGAGAAACGAAGAGUCAUUAUCCCUCCUCACCUGGCAUAUGGCAAGCGAGGUUCCCCCCCAGCUAUACCAGCUGAUGCUGUUCUGCAAUUUGAAGUUGAAUUAAUCCAGCUCUCCAGAGCCAAUUACUGGCAGAAGCUGUUCAACGAUAUACUUCCCUUGCUGAGCAUUGGGCUUGUUCCAGCCCUGCUGGGACUGAUUGGCUACUAUCUCUACAAGAAAGCCCAGAUGCCCCGAAUAUCUAAGAAGAAACUCAAGGAAGAGAAGAAAAACAAGGCCAAAAAGAAAUAAAGUUGUUCUUUAUCUUUUUCAA